GCAUGUGGAUGUCAUUCAGUAGGACCAUUAUAGAUCUUGCCAACUCACCAAAACAACAUCACACAAGUGGAAAUUUGUCAGUUCCUGACUCUACUUUAGCCACAUGCUUAUCAACCCAACAUUACACAUAUCUGAACUGCAUUAUUCAUAAUUUCGUAAGUAACAUGUACACCUUACUUCAGCAGUUUGGAGAGAGAAUUUUCAGAAGACAAUCAAGCUGAGAAAUGGCUACAGAGGCUGCUGAUAUUCCAGAUCCCAUAUCUCUAACACAGAAAAGAGAUGGGGUGGAAGACAAAGAGUUGACAAGUGAACUUUCAUACACAAUUGUCAAUGAAGUUCCCAUGGAAGAAGAAAAGAACAGCGUUGAAUCCUCGGUUAACCAACCUCCUGAAACCAUUGAAAUCUUGGAAAAAACAGAACACAUGCAAGUAGUCAAUGGUAAGGAGGUUCCAAAUGUGAAUGUUGUUGAUGAAGGCAAUGUUGGAAACAUUGAGGGUGAGAUUUUUUUAAAAUCAUCCUCAGUUUCAGAUGAAAAGCCGAUGAGGAAUACUGAAGAAAACCAAUCAAUUACCAAAGAAGAAUUGAGUGACUUGCAGGAUGAGAAAGGAUGCAUUACAGACAAAAACAUCAUAGUGGAGGGAAGCUAUGCAAAGGCAGGACCAGAUGUAGGCUAUCUUGAAGAGAAAACCAGUAUGGCAUACGAGGACAGAAGCCAAGAAAUUGUUGAAUUAAGCGAGAAGAUGAAAGAUGUGACCACAAUUGACGUUGAAGUUCAAAACAAGAACUUUGAAUCUUCUUUUGUCGAAAAACUUGAAAAUAUAAGCUUCCCGAAAGUAGACAACCUUGAGACAUCCAAAGAAGAAUCCGCAGCUGGGAUGAAGUACAUUGUCAAGGAGAGCCCAGAUGAAGCAGAUGACCAAAAUGAAAUCCUUCGAAACAUUGCUACAACUGAUAGAAAUCUAAGUACUACAGGUAAGGUUGAUGAAAACCCAGAACCAAAAGCUGAGGAAAGUAUGAGAGAAAGUGAGGACCUCACUCCACCAGAAGCUUUGACAAUGGAAUGCAAGCAUGAAAGGCUUAUGGUUCUAGCAAGUGAAGACAAUGCUGAAGAUAAAGAGAAGGAAAAAACUGAAACAUCAAAGCAUGAGGAACACUCAGUGCAGAGCUUUGUUCAAAAAAAUGAACCAGCAAAGGCAAACCUGGGAAGCCCCUUGGAUGUAACAUCUGAGGAGAUUGAAACACCUUCCCCCAGUGAGUAUGCUGAAACGAUGACCAACAUUGAGGAGCAAAGACCUGUUGGAAUCCCUCAAGAAAUCCUUGGGGAAACAAGACAGGAUGAAACAAUAAUUGCUGAUGAUAUAAACAAGAAUGAAAAUCCUGAGGCGAAGAAUGUCUCAACAGUUGACUUGGAUGAGAAGACUAGAAGUAUGGAAGUUGAGAUCUCAAGCAAGAAUGGUAAUGAAUUAUAUGUCACCCAUCCACCCAUAGAAGAAACAGUCAAAGGGGAAGGUGAACAGCAGGAUGAAGUUUCCAUGUCAGAAUCGGGGGGUAGACUUCAUGAAGUAUUUGAAAUUCCCAUGGAAGAAGCAAAGCGUGUUAAUGAAACAUUUGAAGCAAGCAAAAGUCCAGAGGGUAUCAUUUUAGAGCAUACAUCCACUGAAGGGGCACUAAACAUGAAAGUGACCUUAGCAACAAGUGAGCUGAACAUUAAUCCUGAAAAGGGUUGUGAACUGAACUCUGAAAAGGAAAUAAAGGAGAUCAAUGCUGAGGAGAACAUCAAAGAAGAGACAGAACAGAAAGAAAAAGCUUUUGAUACAGAGAUUCAAAUAGCAACAAAAAGUGAUGACAAUGAGAAAAGUACAACAGAGGAAGUUGUUCCUGUCAAGAACACUACCUUGUGCACUGGAGAAGAAGAAUAUCAUCAUGAUCAGGAGGAUAAAAACGAGACACUCAGUUCUAAGGAAGCAUCACCUAAAUUGGAUACUGGAGAUCAGGGUUGCAGAACAUCUAAUGAGACAAAAAAUAUCAAUGACCAAAUCAUAAAUGAAGAGGCCAUUCAGGUGUACGAGGAUGUUAAGAUAGCUGACAGGGGUGAAAACAAAGAAAAAGAGAUGGAAAAUGAAGAACACACUGUUAUGGAUCGCUCACCAGAAUCCAAUGGAAAACACACAACAAAGUGCUCUCAAGAAAAUGAAAUGGAUGCAGAGAAGCAAAAAGCUAAGAUUGGAGAAGAACUUGAGACUACCAAUAAAAGUGAGGUCAUUGAAAAACAAAUUCUAGCAGAGGAAAACAGAGUUCAGGAUGGGUUAACAGUGUCCGCUGGAGAAGAAUUUGGUACUGAGAGCUCUAAAGAAGAUGACAUGACAACAAAGAUGUCCAAAGAAGAGGUUCUUGAGACACUUCAAACAGCUGAUGGAAGUGCAAAGAUUGGAAUACAAACCAAAAAGGAAGAUGGUACGUCAAAGGACAAAUUUGUAGCACGUGACGGAGAAGAAACUAAAAAUGAAUGCUCUUAUGGCAACGAUGAGGAAAAAGAGUCUGAUAUAGAGAUUAGUUUGAUGAAUGAGGACUUGAAUGCUCAGAGUAUAACACGAUCAUCAGAAGAAGAAACAGCUCAAAAAGAAAGCAAUUUGGAUAUUGUUGAAAACUCCUCUUCAGUGCCUGAGAUAUCCGAGAAAGGGAUUAAAGAGGAGAAAGAAGACUCACAGAUUACAAUGGUAGCAGAGGAAACAAGCUUAACUGAAGUUGAAGAAAAAUACAAGAUGCCAGUAGAUAGUUCUGACAUGGUUUCUGUAGAGAUGGGUCUGUUAACAACUGAAACAAGUGAGAUGGAGUCAAAUGACAUAGAUAACACUGAAAAACCUACAGAAACAUUGAACUUGGAUGAGAAUGAGGCCAUGGAGAUCCUAACUGCAAGUAAACAUGGAGCAGAUGAAACAGCAGAAAAGACAGAGCCUGAAGGGAAGAAUGAAAGCUGUGAUGCAAUAUCAAAAACUCAGAAUCAAAGAGAAAUUGCCACUGCUGAGACAUUCUUGGAUGAGAUAUCAGAUCAAAACCUUCAGGCAUCUUCCACACUGUCAGUAGAAGAACACAACAUCAUGACGCCUGUGAGUGAGGCAACAAGUGAGGCUCCAGAGAAUGACAAAACCUUGUAUGGAAAAGAAGAAACUCCCAUAGUUGGAGAGACAACAGAGGAAGAUAAAAUGGAAGAGGAUGAGUCAACAAAUCCAAAAAAUGACACCAAAAUGGAGCCUAUAGAAAUAGAAAAGGAGAGUGCAAAUGAUGAUGCUCAAAAUGAGGAUCCAGAGUUGUAUACACCCCCUGAGGUGAACAAUGAAAAAAGUAUAUCUGAAUCAGAUGUGGAACUUUUAAACAGGGUAAACACCAGCGAAGUAACCAAAUGUGGUGAGAUGGGAAAAUUGGAGACUUCAGAAGAUAAAAUGCCAUCAGAUACAGGAAUAGAAAAAGACAAAUCUGAAUAUAAAACUGAAGUCAACGAAGCCACAAAGGGUGUUGAAGCGGAUGGUGGAUGUACAGAUACUGACAAGGAUAUACUGGAACAUGAGGAUUCUGCUAAAGACUUUGAAGGCAGCUCAAAGAAUAGCAUUGAAAUAGAGAAAGCACCAGAUGAAUUUGAAAUUGAAGGUCAUAGUCAUGGAAGUGAGGCUUCUGAAACUAAAAGUAUCAGCACUCUUACAGAAAAGACUAUCGAAACAGUUGAACAUGGUGAAAAUCACAGAUCUGCCCCAGAUUCAAUGGUUGAAGAUGAGAGUAACAGAAGAAUGCCUGAAACCAAUCAGGCCAACAUUCCAGAAGAGAGCCAUGAUGAUGAGAAUCAUACUACUGAUUCCACUAAAGAACAAAUUAGUGGCCAAGAUAUUGAAGAAGAAAGCACAAAGAUGAAUGAGGAGAUCGAACCCAAAUUAGAGAGCCAAAAAGAAAUCAACAAAACUCAGGAUACAAUUUUGAAUGAAAAGGUGCCCAGUGAAAUUCAGAGAGCAGUGGAAACUGAAAUCAUCGAAGAACAGACCAUGCAGGAAGAAAGUUGCACUAAGGAACUUCAUAUGAUACCUGAAGCAGAUGAAACAGUAAAUGAGGUGAGAGAACUGGAUCUCACGUCCAUUGGGAGUCUUGAGACAACAUCUUCCAAUAAUAACACAGAAAUGGCAAAAUCAAAGGUUGAAGAAGAUCUCAACCAGGAAUCAAAAGCAAUGAAUGAAGAUAUUAAUGAGCCAAUUGAGAAGCCUGUGAAUGUCUUAAGCUCGGUAUCUGAAGUGUCGGCAGAAAAGAUUGAGGAAGAGAACAUAGAAGACACAGAAAAUUGUGAUGACAAUGCUGAUACGGCACCAACAGUGGUUACAGACGUAACAAGCUUGGGAGAAUUUCAACUAAAUGGUGAGCCUGUAGAGGCCAUUGAUACCAGUUCAGAUGCUAAGAAUCUAGAGGCAACCAAAACAGCUAAUUCUAGCCAACAUGAUGCAGAAGUUGACAGCAUGAAGAUUGAAGGAACAUCUAGCAUCGAGCUACAACUUCCAGUACAUGAACAUGAAAAAGCAGACAAUGAAAGUAUAACUUUAGAGAAGUCGGAUGCAAAUGAUGUUGAAGUCGAAGAAACCAAAAUUCCUGACGAGUCUAAGGAUCAGGAUGUCAAAGAGAUUCAUGAGACAGGCACAAGCCUAACUGUGGAAGAGACUGAUGCAAAUGAAAUUGAAAAACAAAUCAGAGAAGUUCCCGAAGCAUUACCUCAACCCAUAAAUCAAGCCAUUGAAGCAGAUAUUGGUGCUGACAUUAUUUCACCAACAGUGGCAACAGAAGUAACAAACUUGGGGGAAGUUCAGCUAAAUGAUGAAUCUGUAAAGGUCCUUGACACCAGUUCAGAUGCUAAGAGUCUAGAGAGAACCAAAACAGCUGAUGAUAAUCAACAGGAUGCAGAAGUGGACAGCCUGAAGCUUCAAGAAACCUUUAGCAUGGUGUAUCAACUUCCAAUGCAAGAACAUGAGAAAGAAGACAAUGUAAGUGUAACUGUAGAGAAAUCAGAUGCAAAUGAUGUUGAAGCUAAAGAAACCAAAAUUCCUGAAACAGUACCUGAGUCUAAAGAUCAGGGUAUCAAAGAGACUCAUGAGACAGGAACAAGCCUGAUUGUGGGAGUAAUUGAUGCAAAUGAAACUGAAAAACAAAUUAGUGAAGUUCCUGAAGCAUUAUCUGAGCCCAUAAAUAAAGGUGUUGAAGCAGCUAGAGAUGAGGAGAUUACCCUUGGUCAGACUCUCCAAGCUGAGAAAAUAGAAGAGCCACUUCAGGUGCCAUCCUCUUCCUUGAUUUCUGAGAAACAGGACAGUGAAACUACAACCACAAUCGAAAAGUCUGAAGAUGAGAGCACAAAGAAAGAUGAUACACAAGUUGACAACUUGAAGCAUGAAGAAAACUCUGGCAUGGUGUCUGAACUUCCAAUAACCGAAUGUGAGAGUGCAAACAAUGAAACUGUAGAAAAGCUAGAUGCAGAUGAAGUUGAAGCCAAAGAAACUGAAACUCUGGAAGCAGUAUCAGAGUCCAAAGAUCAGGGAUUUCAAGAGAUUCAUGAGACAAGAACAAGCCCAACUACAGAAAACACUGAGUCAGACAAAAUUGAAGAAGGUUUUGAUGCAGUUGCUGAUGAUGAGACCUCUGAUCAUCCUCAUCCAGUUGGUAAAUUAGAAGAGCAACUUCAGGUGUCAUCAUCUGCCUUGAAUUGUGAAACUAGCACCACAAGCAAGAUGGAUGAUGAGAGCACAAAGAAAGAUGAAACAGAAGUUGACAAGAUUGAGCCUGAAGAAGCCAUUGGCAUGUUGUCUAAAUCUCCAACAAUUGAAUAUGAGAAUGCAGACGCAGAUGAAGUUCAAGUUGAAACAAAAACUUACGAAGCAAUAUCUGAGUCCACAGGUGAUGAUGUUGAAGAAAUUCAUGAAAGAAUACAACCAAGUACAGAUACAGAGGAUGAGGAAAAUAAGGGGCUGGAAAUGCCGUGUGAUAGCACCAAAGAUGAUUAUCUGUCAAAAGAUAUUGCAUGUCCAGAUAAUCAGAAAACAGACAAGGUAAUAGAAACCAGUGAGGCUGCUGGGGAUACGCUUGACAGCUCAUUGUUCACUGCACCAAUAGAGGAUGAAUGCUCUGAAAAGCCGGUACAAGAUGUAAAAGGAAAUCUUGACGAGAACUCCAGUAUGGCAUGCGAGGAUGGAAGCCAAGAAACAGUAAUUUUAAGUGAGAAGAUGAAAGAUGUGACAUCGAUUGAAGAUGAAGUUCAAAACCAGAACUUAGAAUCGUUUUUUGUCAAAGAAGUUGAAGAUAUAUGCUUACAAAAAGCAGACAGCCCUGAGACAUCCAAAGAAGAAUCUGAAACUGGGAUGAAGGAUAUUGUCAAUGAGAGUCAAAAUGAAGAAGACAACCGAAAUGAUAUCCUUGAAAAUAUUGUUACACCUGAUACCAAUCUAAGUACAAUAGGUAAGGAUGAUGAAAACCCUGAACCAAAACCUGAUGCCUCAUUUAGGGAGCCAAAUGAAAGCAUGAGAAGAGAAAGCGAAGACAUCAUUCCAACAGAAGAAUUGACAAUGGAAUGCCAACAAGAAGGGUUUAUGGUUGUAGCUGGUGAAGACAACAUUGUGGCAGCACAGCAGGACCAACCUGAAACAUCAAAUCACGAGGAACAUUCGGAGAAGAGCAGCUUCAUGCAGGAAACUGAACCAGCAACGGCAAACCUGGGAAGUCCCUUGGAUGUAGCUUCUGGGGAGAUUGAAACAACUGCUCCCAAUGAGUAUGCUGAAACGAUUACUAACAUUGAGGCGCAAAGAAUGGACGGAAUCCCUCAAAAAAUCCUUGGGGAAACAAUAGAGGAUGAAAUAAAAAAAGAUGAAAAUCCUGAAGGAAAGAAUCUUUCAACAGUUGACUUGGAUGAGAAGACUAGAAGCACAGAAGUUGAGAUUCCAAACAAGAAUGAUAAUGAAUUAUAUGUCACCCAUCCAACCGUAGAAGAAACAGUCCAAUUGGGAGUUGAAAAGCAGGAUGAAGUUUCCAUGUCAGAAUCAGGGGAUCAACUUCAUGAAGCAUUUGAAGUUCCCAUGGAAGAAGAAAAGCAUGUUAAUGAGACAUAUAAAGCAAGCAAAAGUCCUCAGAGUACCAUUUUAGACCAUACAUCCAUUGGAGAGGCACUAAACAUGGAUGUGACCUCAACAACAUAUGAACUGGAUAUUAAUCUUGAACACGGUUCUGAACUGAACUCUGAAAAGGAAGUAAAGGAGAUCAAUGCAGAGGAGACCAUAAAAGAAGAGAUAGAACAGAAAGAAAAAGCUUCUGAUACAGAGAUUCAAAUAUCAACAAGAAGUGAUGACAACGAGAGAAGUACAAUAGAGGAGGACGUUACAGUCAAGAACGACACUCCCUUAUGCACUGGAGAAGAAGACUAUCAUCAUGAUCAAGAGGAUGAAAUUGGGCCAAACAGUUCGAAGGAAGCAUCGAUUGAGUUGGACAGCGGAGAUCAAAGUUGCAGAACAUCUAGUGAGACAAAAAACGUCAAUGACCACAUCAUAAAUGAAGAGACCAUUCAGGAGUACGAGGAACCUAAGAUAACUGACAGGGGUGAAGAGGCAGAAAAAGAGAUGAAAAUUGAAGACCACACUGAGAUGGGACAGAAACUUGAGACUACUAGUAAAAGUGAAGGCAUUGAAAAACAAGUUCUAGCAGAGGAAAGCAGAGAUCAGGACUGGCCAACAGUGUCUGCUGGAGAAGAAUUGGGCACUGAGAGCCCUCAGGAAGAUGAAAUGAAGACAAAGACAUCCAAAGAAGAGGUUCUUGAGAUACUCCAAACAGCUGAUGGAAGUGCAAACAUUGGAAUUCAAACCAAAGAGGAAGAUGGUACAUCAAAGGACAACUUUGUAGCAUGUGAGGGAGAAGAAAUUAAAAAUGGAUACUCUUGUGACAAAGAAAAUGAAGACAAAGAGCCUGAUACAGUGGUACUUGAGAAAAACCAUGGAGGCCAGGACACUUCAGAGCAGAUCGUAAAGAGCAGUGCCAGAAACCAGUCUGCAGAAUCCUUUCUAGAAAAAACAGUUCGAGAGAGCUCCCAGGAGGAUGAGGCAAGUGAGGAGUAUGAGACAGCUGGAGCAAGCACAACCACGGAGGAAAGUGCCAUCACAGACCUCCAUUCCUCAUCUGUUGGGGAAGAAGAAGUUCAGGAAAACUUGAAAGAAGACAAGACAGAAACAAUGAGAUCAGAAAAAGAGGCAAGUGAGAAGUACAAGACUGCUAGAGCAAGCAUGACCAUGGAAGAAAUUUCCAUCACAGACCUCCCUUCCUCAUCUGUUGGGGAGGAAGAAGUUGAGGAAAACUUGAAAGAAGACAUAACAGAAACAAUGAGAUCAGAAAAAGAGGCAAGUGAGGAGUAUGAGACUGCUGGAGUAAGCAUGACCAUGGAAGAAAGCGCCAUCACAGACCUUCCUUCCUCAUCUGUUGAGGAGGAAAAAGUUCAGGAAAACUUGAAAGAAGACGAAACAGAAGCAAUGAGAUCAGAAAAAGAGGCAUGUGAGGAGCAUGAGACUGUGGAAGCAAGCACAACCAUGGAGAAAAGUGCCAUCAUAGACCUCCCUUCCUCAUUUGUUGGGGAGGAAAAAGUUGAGGAAAACUUGAAAGAAAACAAAACAGAAGCAAUGAGAUCAGAAAAAGAGGCAAGUGAGUACGAGACUGUUGGAGCAAGCACGACCAUAGAGGUAAGUGCCAUCACAGACCUCCCUUCCUCAUCUGUUGGGGAGGAAAAAGUUCAAGAAAACUUGAAAGAAGACAAAGCAGAAGAAAUGAGAUCAGAAAAAGAGGCAAUUGAGGAAUAUGAGACUGUGGGAGCAAGCAUAACUAUGGAGGAAAGUGCCAUCACAGACCUCCCUUCCUCAUCCGUUGGGGAGGAAAAAGUUCAACAAAACUUGAAAGAAGACGAAACAGAAGCAAUGCGAUCAGAAAAAGAGGCAAGUGAGGAGUAUGAGACUGUUGGAGCAAGCACAACUAUGGAGGAAAGUGCCAUCACAGACCUCCCUUCCUUAUCUACUGUUGGGGAGGAAAAAUUUCAGGAAUACUUGAAAGAAGACAAAACAGAAACAAUGAGAUCAGAACAGGAGGCAAGUGAGGAGUAUGAAACUGCUGGAGGAAGCACGACUAUGGAGGAAAGUACCAUCACAGACCUCCCUUCCUCAACCGUUGGGGAGGAAAAAGUUCAGGAAAACUUGAAAGAAGACGAAACAGAAGCAAUGAGAUCAGAAAAAGAGGCAAGUGAGGAGUAUGAAACUGCUGGAGGAAGCAUGACUAUGGAGGAAAGUACCAUCACAGACCUCCCUUCCUCAACCGUUGGGGAGGGAAAAGUUCAGGAAAACUUGAAAGAAGACGAAACAGAAGCAAUGAGAUCAGAAAAAGAGGUCAGGAACUCUAAAAUAACAAUGAAAGACGAAAUCAAGAAGCCAAUUCUUUCCACAAAGGAAAGAGAAGCCAAUACCCUACAGGAUGAGGCAGAGACAAAUGACGGCUUCAAUUAUGAGAGUUUUACAAGAUCGUCAGAAGAAGAAACAGCUAAAAAAGAAAGCAAUUUAGAUCUUGUUGAAAACUACUCUUCAGUGCCUGACAUAUCCGAGAAAGAGAUUAAAGAGGAGAUUUUAGAGAAAGCAGACUCAGAGGCUACAGUGGUGAUAGAGGAAACAAGCUUAACGGAAGCUGAAGUAGAACACAAGAUGCAGGUAGAUAGUUCUAACAUGGUUUCUGAAGAGAAGGGUCUAUUAACAACUGAAACAAGUGAGAUGGAGUCAAAUGGCAUAGAUACCAUUGCUAAAACUAUAGAAACAUCUAACUUGGGUGAGAAUAAGGACAUGGAGAUCCCAACAGCAAGAAAGCAUGGGGCCGAUGAAGCAGCAGAAAAGAUAGAGCCUGAAGGGAAGAAUGAAACCUGUGAUGCAAUAUCAAAUACUGAAGAUCAAAGAGAAAUCGCCACUGUUGAGACAUCCUUGGAUGACAUAUCAGAACAGAACCUUCAGGCAUCUUCCACGACAUCAUUGGAAGAACACAACUUCUUGACACCUGAUGUGAGUGAGACAAGAGUUGAGGCUCCAGAGAAAGACAAAACCUUGUAUGGCAACGCAGAAACUCCCAUAGUUGCAGAGACAGCAGAAGAAAAUACAAUGGAAAAGGAGGAUGAGUCAACAAAUCAAAUAAACAAUACCAAUGUGGAGCCUAUAGAAAUUGAAAAGGAGAGUGCAAAUGAUGAUGCUCAAAAUGAGGAUCAAGAGUCGUAUACUUCUCCUGAGAUGAACAAUGAAAAAAGUACAUCUGAAUCAGAUAUCAAAAUUUUGAAGAGCGUAAGCACCAGUCAAAUACCUGAUUGCAGUGAGAUUGGCAAAUUGGAGACUGUAGAAGAUGAAAAGUUGUCAGAUACAGGAUUAGAAAAGGAUCAAUCUGACUAUGAAAUGGCAGUCAGUGCAGACUCUAAGGGUGUUGAAGCGGAUGGUGGAUGCAUAGAGACUGAAAAGGCUAUCCAGGAAAAAGAGGAUUCUGCUAUGAACUUUGAAGAAAACUCAAAGGAAAGUGUUGAAAUAAAGAAGCCCCAAGUUGAAUUUGAGGCAGGAGGUCAUAGUCAUGGAACUGAGGAUUCUGAAACCAAAAGUAUCAGCACUCUUACAGAAAAG